AUGGCAUCUCUAGACUUCGACCAGAAGUUCCUCGGGCGGAUAGCCCAGCAAACGGAAGACUCCAGCCCAUACCUGUCAAGCGCAUUGUACCAGAUUCUUGGCCUCUCAGUCCUGCUUUCACGCAGGCUCAUUCGCGCCAGGAAGCUUCGCAAACUCGACACAAGCAGGGACACACCAUCACUCGCAGCAUAUCAGCAUAUCCUAUGGAUGUCCAGAGAGGGCCUGUCUAUACUGGAGCUGUAUGUGCUUCCGUACGCGCAGGACAACCAACAUGGACCAGAAUGCAGGGUGCUGAGCGUCAAGCUACGAGCAAGCUUCUACCACAUCUUUUGCCUGUUCCACAACCAGCCAUCUGUCACCAUGACAAACAUGGAAUCGACAGAGUCAAGAGGACACGAUGCAGCAUUGUCUACACGAUCCGCGCACGGCCGCAGGCCAGAUCAAGGACCAUCGCCGCCCUCGAAACGUACAGGGAAGCAACCAGUGCUUCGUGAACCCAUCGACUCGAUCGUCUCAGAGACAUCCUUUGUCACCAAUCCUUAUGCGGCAGGUGGGCCUGUGGGGACUCCAUCUCCCGGCCCACCACUUAACGCACCCCCUGGUCUCAACCCUGUCCCAAUACCACAGCCCUCUGCUUUCCUUUUGCCGCCGUUGAAUUUUGUACCACUAGCCACUGGAUACUUCACUACUGCUACAUCGUAUGCCACAUCGUUUCUCCCAGGGUCGCAUCCUCUUCGACUGUCUGUAGCUCUUGAGCACAGUGCGUUCCUGUGGGACUGCGUGCAUGACCACGAAGGAUCACGACGCGUCGCUCGUCGCGCCAUCAAAGACGUAUAUCGUGCACAGGAAGCGAUGGACGAUACCGAGUUCGAGGACGCUGCAGAGCUUGUGGGUAUAUUGGGAAGGAUGAUGAAGCGCAAGAGCUGGGAAGGCACCCCCCGAGUUGGAGGUAUAGGAAGCCCUGAACCAGUCCUACCGGGCGGAGGACAAGUUCGUGACACUGCUAGCAGAGUUCAUACAGAUCCUAGUAUCCCUGUGAUUGCACCUCUGCAAUACAUCCAAAACACACGAAGAGCCGCCGAAGGCCCCCCUAUAACUAUAUCCGCUGCACAAAGCCCACCGAGGGACCCUACACGCAGUCGUGCUAGCAACAAUGCAUCGAAGCACAAACAUACUAGUAGCCACGAGAACACGCCACGGUCGAAUACAAACCGGUUGUCUGGAGGGAGCCAAGAAACGACCCCACGUGCAAAGCAUAUCAGCAUGGAGAGUGGUGGCAGUAUGACACCAAGAGCGCCCCAAGGCAAGGGCGGUCGGUCUCCUGCUACGCCUUCAACUGUCCGUAGCGUGCAUCAGCAUGCUGGCAGCGGCGGCUCACACAAGACAACAUCUGAGUACCGGAACUCUCCGCCGAUACCAGAGAGUGCAGCUGUGACAGCAACUUCCCAGGAGAUGCGAACCUCACCGACGUCCCGCCAUUCACCACCGUUGCGCCGCUCUCCAAAAUCGUCUCCAAAUCUCGAUGCACGCAACAGGGAGCCAAGCUGA